CAGUGACGUCUCUCAGUAGCCCCUCCCCUUCCGGUCCUGUCCAUGCUCUGGAGUGACCCACGUGUAGCGCCGCUCUCCGGGAUCCCACAUGACUUCUUAUCUGAGUGAACUGACGGACGACGGACUCGGCACCGCUAUGGACAGCUACCUGUUCGGCUGUGAACUGUCCUCCAAGACCAACCACUACACCUUCAAGGUGGAUGAAGAGGAGGACGAUGACUUCAGCCUGUCCCUGUGUACGAUCAGCCUCGGUGAAGGCGCCAAAGAUGAGUAUAAUGUGGUGGAAGUGACGGCUCGUAAUCAUAAUGAUGAGGACAUCACGGUGCCAAUCGCUACUCUUAAGCUGUCCUGUCAGACUAUGGUUAACCUGGAAAGCUUUGUAAUUCAGCCUCCAGUCACAUUCCGCCUGAAGUCCGGUUCCGGUCCUAUUCAGCUCUCUGGACAAGUCCUAAUUGCACCCACGGACUUGGAUUCUGAUGAGGAGGAGGACGAUGAAGAAGACGAUGAUGAAGAUGAUAGUGAAGAGGCAGAAUUAACCCCUGUAAAGCCAGCCAACAAAAAAAUUAGAAAAUGAUGAAACUUUACUGAGCCUCUUAGAAGGCCACGUGUGGUUGGACCCAGAAGAACAUACAGCCCAAGACCCUCAAGGGCCAGUCUUGAUUUUUUUUUUUUGUUAAAUAAUUUUCACAGCCCGAAGUCCUAAGCAAAUCUUUGUGUUGGCCAGCUGGUUCCUGGGGGUUAUCCCAUACUGGACUUUGGGGUCUGAAAAUGAGAUAUUAUUUUUUUUUUCAACAUGGGUUCCCAAAAUUAGAGCUUCUAAAAAAUGAAAGCAGUGAAGACCCAUCAGCUGGGACCACUUUGACCUUAUGAGUUCUGGUACUAACAGUGGCCGGCAUCGUUGAAGUGCCGGCCCACCACCGUUUUGACUUUACAUGACCGGUCUUGAUGGAUGGCUUGGGAAAAACCCUGUUAAAUUGCUCCUUGUCGUUGACGUGCUGCUCGCAUAGUGAGGACUUCUUGACAUGAGUUGUGACUGUGCCUUUUAUCGAUUUAGUUUAUUUUUCUACUUGAAUUUUAAAGUUCUACCGUGGUUUUUGUAUGUUCUUCUUAAUUACGUUUUUCAAGACCUAUAUAUCCUACGGUAAGGGAAGGGGGGGGGGGGGGGGGAAAUCAAACGAUUUAUGAAGUUCCUUGGUCUUGUUUUCCUUUUAGUUUUGACCAGUUUUAGAAAAUCAGUGUUAGGACCUACUAACCAGACUGCACCUGUCCUGGUGAUGAGCUCCAUCUUUGUAGAGAAAGCAAUAUGGUAACUGUUUAUAUAAAAAAAAGUGACUGCAAUUGUUUUGGUUCCUCCCUGGUACAGAAAUAACUGUAGUUUUUGGUGGUGUUUUUUUUUGCCCAUGCGGUUUUCAUUGCUUUUUUGCAUCAAAAACUUCAGUUCCAGAUUCAAACUGACAGUCUAAAAAUAGCAGGACACAAGCAAAUGUAAUCUUUAAAAAAAAAAAAACUUUUUUUGCUACUGGUAUUUUUGUUAAAGGGGCUCUCCUCGGGAUAGGUCAUCAAUAUCAGAUGGUCCGUCACAUGGCACUCCCGCUGAUAACUAUUCCCACUGCUUUUGGUAAAGGGAUUGUCCAAUUUUUUUUUUUGGGGCAUUUUUUGCUCACUAAAAAAAAAAAACAAGCAAUUUUUUGUGGCUUAUUUUUUCCAAACAACUGUAAAUCAGGUUUUUCUCAUAGUUUUUACAAAUCUUUGUUUUACAAAAUUGUAUGAAGGUGCCUGUGAUUCUGAGGUGGUAGGUGAUGUUCUCACUGUUUACCUUAUACGGUAAAUAUGUUUAAAAUUAUCCUAAAACCUCCGAGGUCGAGGUUUCAUCUAGUAUUGCCCAUAGCAGGUACAUAGAGAACUCUAUUUUUCAGAUGCAGUCAUUUUGUAAAAGUUUAUAAAUCUGUUCUAUGCAAUAAAGAAUUAAUGUUUUUGAUGUGUGA